AUGGGCAAAGAACAAGACCUUCUUGAUUAUAUCGAGUCCUUUGACAAGGAACGCUACGACAAGUUGAAGAACAACCCCGACCUCGUUAUCGAUGCCAUUGAGGAGUUUCUGGAAGUCAAAAAGACGGGCUUUAUGACAAUUGGUCUUCCAAAGGGCGAAUUGAUCAGAAAGGAAAUGCAGAAGGCUUCUCCAGUGAUUAUGAUCGAAUUGGGGUGCUACAUUGGCUACUCUGCUAUUCUUUUCGGCAAUGAGCUUAGGAAAAUCAACGGCGCCAGCUCCAAAGCUACCGUCAACCCGAAGUACUAUAGCUUCGAGGCAAACGAGGAGUAUGCUAAGAUUGCCCGGAAACUCAUUGACUUGGCUGGGCUCUCGGACCUUGUGGAAAUCAUCUUGGGUCAGGCUGGCACUACCCUUCCUGAUUUCGAGCAGCGUACCAAUAAAGAAAAUGGCAAGUACACUCCAGUCGAUUUCGUUUUUAUUGACCAUCAAAAGGAUCUCUACGUUCCAGAUUUGCGCAUCUUGGAGUCGCUCAAUUUGAUCUAUCCUGGCACUGUGAUUUGCGCCGAUAAUAUCUACCAACCUGGUGCUCCAGAGUACGUCAAGUAUGUCCAAGCUACACCCCAGGAGAGACAGGAGCACAAUUCUAACAAUCCAAAUCCUAGCAAUCCCAUGUACCCAGGAAGAUGGAAUGUGAUCUACGACCUGAAAACCGUGCCAGUGACAAACCCUAAGACAGGCUUCAAGGAUGCUGUUGAGAUCACCCGCUGUGUCGAGUACCUAUCUGGAUGA